AUGAACCUGGUAUCCUCAAUAAAAAGGUCGAGACAGAGUAUCUCGAGGAUGUUCUCUCGCCUUGACCGAAGACCCGUUUCCAGCCAGCCGCGGCUCUUCUCCACAUCUCCCUCCCUUGCGUCGAGCACAUCGCAGGCUCAUCCGUUAACUCUGUCGUCAUUCAAGAAGCCGUUCUUUAAGGUCUUCCUUGGCGCAGUGCUCACUUAUCAGAUCCUCUAUUAUGGCUGGUUGAGACUGGAGGUCGAAGAGACCCAAGCUGAGAAGAAAAAAAUAUUAUCAGACCUGCAAAAUACAAUUAAAGAGUUGACACCUGGCCAAUCUUGA